UCAUUCCUACGCGGCAGCUAACUGUGACGCACUAUCGGUUUGUGGCAGUGGCGAGGUGGCGUUGACUGAAGUUGGCCACUGUUAACAGGAAGUAAAUAGAACGACGACCAGGGAAGAUAGCGGGGGUUUGGUGUGAGCCUGCCAUCGAACAGAGUCAGUUCACACAGGAUGGCUGCUCUACAAACCAUGAGGAAGUGUAGGCCUGUGGGCACUACCAUACGUAAAAUACACACGAGCAGCUUUGCUGCCUCCAAACAGCAUUAUAAGAUGUUGGUGCUAGGAGGAGGAACUGGAGGCAUUGCCAUGAGUGCUCGAAUGAAGAGGAUCAUGGGAGCUGAGAAUGUUGUUGUUGUGGAGCCCAGUGACACUCAUUAUUACCAGCCAAUAUGGACACUAGUGGGUGCUGGUGCAAAGAGUUUAUCGACAUCUGGACGCUCUACUGCCAGUGUCAUGCCCUCAGGAGUAAAGUGGGUGAAGUCUAAAGUCCGGGAAAUAAAUCCAGAUUCAAAUACGGUUUACGUUGAUGAUGGAAGUAAAAUCACAUAUGACUACUUGAUAGUGGCUCUUGGAUUACAACUUCACUUUGAAAAGAUCAAAGGACUACCAGAAGGGUUUGAGUAUCCAAGGAUAGGGUCAAACUACUCAGUCCAGACAGUGGAAAAAACAUGGAAAGCCCUACAGAACUUUAAAGAAGGCAACGCUGUCUUCUCUUACCCAAAUACGCCAAUCAAAUGUGGUGGAGCUCCACAGAAGAUCAUGUACCUCUCGGAUGCCUAUCUUAGAAAGACAGGGAAAAGGGAAAAGGCCAACAUAAUAUACAACACAUCACUCCCAGUGAUUUUCGCAGUAAAGAAAUAUGCUGACUCACUGUGGGAAGUGGUGAAAAAACGUGACAUACAAGUGAACUUGAGGCAGAACCUGAUUGAAGUGAGGCCAGACAAGCAGGAAGCAGUGUUUGAAAACCUUGACAAACCAGGAGAAACUAAAGUGUUUGAGUAUGAAAUGCUCCAUGUAACACCACCAAUGGGACCCAAUGCAGUGAUCAAAGGCAGUCCACUGGCAGAUGAGGCUGGCUGGUUGGACGUGGAUAAGGAAAACCUCCAACACAAGAGGUAUCCAAAUGUGUUUGGCAUUGGAGACUGUACCAGCCUGCCUACAUCCAAAACCGGAGCUGCUGUUGCUGCACAGUCCGGUGUUCUGCAUAGAACCAUCAGCAGGGUACUAAAAAAACAGAAACCAGAUAAAAAGUACGAUGGAUACACCUCAUGUCCAUUGGUCACAAGUUACAACACAGUGAUUUUGGCUGAGUUUGACUAUGACGGAAACCCUCUGGAAACCUUCCCAAUCAACCAGGCCAAAGAAAGAAGAUCAAUGUACCAUAUGAAAGCUGAUGUGAUGCCUCAUCUUUAUUGGCAUGGACUGCUAAGGGGCCUGUGGGGCGGACCGGAACCAUACAGGAAACUUCUUCAUCUGGGAAUGAAAUAGAGGAUCAUUUUGUGUUUCUUUCAAAUCUGUGCAGUGUUGAAGUAUUUGUUGCAGCAGAUAGCUCCCCACUGAUUUUAAAUAGAUAAAGCUGUAUGUGGCUUUUAAGCUUUUAUAGAGCAUAAAAUUCAAGUUGUAUUUUAGUUAAACAUUAAGUGUGGAGAUAUAAAGGCCUGAACAAAUACUAUUUGGAAAAUUGCUAAUACAGUGGUAUUGAAGCCAAAUCAAAAUUCUAAAAGGUUUCAGAAAUAUGCCCUGAAGUGGAAAGUCAUUUAUUUAAUUUACAAAAAUCUCAUAAGCCGUCAGCAUAAUAUCUGUGAAUAUUGAUUAGUAUUAAAGUGACAAAAAAACAACUGCACCAAGUGAUACUUUACCUUUAUCAUUGCAUAUUUGAGGCUUGUUUUAAUUUGUUUAGUGCAUUUAUUUUUUUCUUUCAUCUGAACUAAAAAUUAAGAUCAUUAAUUGACUAUGAUCAAUUUUAACUUUGUCUUAAAUGUUAGGAACCACAGUGCACUUUGGCUCCACGUGUAGAUUGGUUUGGGCGCUAAUUGUGACUGUCGUAGUUUUGGAAUUUUGAAAGGAUUUCUGUGUAAAGUAAAUAUAUCCUGACAUUGUAUAUUAAACCAGUAUGAUCUUAAAGGUUAUGAAUAAAUGCACAAAAAAUGUUAAAAAUUAUUAGAAAUGCCAAAACGUUUGUGCCCAACUGUAACAGCCCUUCAACAGCAUUACAAUCACACAAGUGCUUCUCUGAGAUCAUUGUAAAACAAAAAUAGCAUAAAAUAAAUAAAUAUAUAGU